CAUCGACAGAUUUGUCCCAUUUUGGCCACAGAUUCAAUUGUGUCGCUGGGCCAACACACCCACUUUUGUUUUCCUUUUCGUUUGUGCCACCGGAUUUUCUCAUCACAUCGCGCUGCAGGUAGCCCCCCUAAGAAAAAAAGGGCAUAUAACCAUCCACUUCCUACGGACUUUCCUCUUCUCUUUUGUAAUCAGUUCCUACGUCGUUUUACUCUGUUCACCUCCAAAAGCUGGCUACGGAUUACGUGUGUUCUUGUGAUCAUCACUUUGACGUGUGUUGUGUGUCUUUUCGAACAGAGAGAUUGGACAAUUAAUAGUCAACUGUUUAGCGUCAGCUUGGUGUCAUCGCUCAUCGCACAUCUAUGAAGGGGGCUCACAAGCCCAUGCGGACAUCGAAAAGAAUCGCCAACGGUGCACCUACAACAAGUGUUGCGAGCGGUGAAAUGGAGAGACCGUGCACUCCGGUGAACAGGAUAACAAACCCAGAACAAUUGCAGAACAUGUUACGCUCACCAAUACGGAGCCCAAACCCAAGUGGCGAGGAUGUGGAUGGGGGUGUUGAUGGUCUAGCGUGCACCACGGCGUUCAGCACCCCGGGGAUUCUUCGUGGGCUGAACACGAGCACGUAUUCCUCGCACAACGAAACCGAGGUCAUGGUGACGUCAAUGCUUGAGAAGCUGAACCAGGAGCCAUCAACCAAGCUGGAUAAUCACGAGGUCAGAGCUUUACUGCAGAAGUGCCUAGUCACGAUGUCCCAUUACAAAUUACAGAACAAUAUCCUUCGGUUCGAAGCUGAAGAAAAGGAGAAGCGUAAUGCCAUUGAGACGGACCUGAUCAAAACACAGAUGGAUCUACUUCUCAAGUCGCCGUUCAAACCUUCAACCGGCUCUAGCGUGGUUAAAAGUGCGCAAUGCACAGCAGUCCACAAGACUGUGACGAAGAUACCCCGGAUUGCACAGCCAAAGCCAAGCUCUCCACGCGUUGGAAGGAUAGUCAAACCAAAGCUUCGGCUUGUUGAAAGGAUCGGUAAGAGGGAAGAUCAGUUUGGUAACUGCGUGAAGGUGUUUCAUUUACAAAAGAAGUGAAGCAAGAGAAUGAUCAAACCAGAGUACUAAGAAAUGUGACAUAUCGAGACAUGUGCUGGACACCAUGUAAUCCAAGGGACUUUUUUUAUUUUGUAUUUCGAGAAUGUACAUCAGGGAUAUCAAAUUGUUGUUGCUAUAUAUAAUAAUGAUUGGUUAUUGGCUGUCCAAUUGCUAUCUCAUACGGUAUAAUUGCCGAGGUUUGCUAUAUAAC